AGCCCUACAUAGUGGUCACUGGAGUGGACAGCUACUAAAACGUACAUAUCUCUUUAAUGCAUUGGUUUCUAUGGUGGAACUGUAUAUUAGCCUCUAGAGUGCUCUCUGCUGCCAUGCUCCAUUGAGGUCAAUUCAGUGUUCAGUUAGUGCAACUGCAAGUAAAUUUCCUCUGAAUCAAAGAUGGCAGACAAACUGUCACCCCUGCCGACCACUGCUGGCAUAUCCUGUCAAUCCUUCUAUGCUAGAAGAGCCCAACAGACUUCAAAUGCAGCAAAGAAUAAGGCAGCGUACAGAAUAGUCCAGGAAAUUCCAUCCAGCUCCAGUGAUGAUGAUUUCAUUGAUGAGUGCAGUGAUGAGGACCAUCUCCCUCCAUCUGUAGUGGUAAACAAAGGCCUGGUGCUUAAUGAAAACUCAGUGAAGAAUCUGACCACGCUGCAGCUGUCAGCCAGCGACCAGGACAGCGAGCCGGGCGAGCUCAUCUACCGCGUCACCAAACAGACGAGCCUGGGACACCUCGAGCAUGCUGCCAGUCCAGGUUGCUCAGACUUUCUACAUCACUAUCAAGCCUGUGGACGACUCCUGCCUCUUCUUCAGGUCCCUGGCAUGAGGGUGCAGGAGGGUGUGAGGAAGACCAUCACUGAGUUUGAGCUGAAAGCCACCGAUGCGGACACAGAGGCGGAGUCCAUCGUCUUCAGCGUCAUCCAGGCUUCUCGACACGUCACCAUCGAGCGCACCAUCAGCGGCCAACACUACCGACAGAUAAGCAGCUUCACCAUGGACGACAUCGACCAGAACCGCAUCAGCUACAACCACGACGGCUCCAACUCGCUCAAAUACCGCUUCACCUUCACCGUGACCGACAGCACCAACCUGCUCUUCAUGGUGGAGGACAACGGAAAAGAGGUGUGUGUGUGUGUGUCUGUGUGUGUGGACAGUUUUAUUACAGUGGGAUGAUUGAAAUGGCAGAGUGAGGGCAUGUCUGCGAGAGUGUGCGUGCUCUGACCUUUUGUGAAUUUGUGGGUGUAUUGAUGUGCUUCUGUCUUUGUGAGGACAGAAACUGGGCGCUUUUGCAAAGGGCGGGCACCUCCGGAAACAGAGAGUGAAAAUAUUUUUGCAAAGGACAUGUUUGGAAGGACAGGAUAUUUCUGUAGCGAAGUUUUGCCUUUUCCCGUCCUCCUGUAAGCUUUGAUGUUUUUGCUUUUCCUGCUUCAAAUAUUCAUAAAAAAUUAGGAUAAUUUUCCUUUUUUGUGUCAUAGUGAGUACUAAUAAACCAUAUACUACAUGUGCAUUUUAAAAACUCACAUCAAUUGGCUGACGGUGUACGAUAUUAAAAGGAAAUGAAGGCUACUUUUUGAUAAGGUGUGCAGCAAAUGCUUAUCUUAUCAGCUUAGUGUGGGAUCACCACAGUCAUGGUUGGGAUAUACUGUGUACAGCAAAUAUAUCCCAACUAUAUCCCAACAAAUCAAACAAAGCCACUUUAAUGUGUCGCAUGCUCAAUUUGAAGCUUGUAAACAUCAUUUUCUUAAUGAUAAUACAUUCUCAAUAACUGAAAUAACCCUUAGCCUGAGAGACGGAGGCAACUCCUUCGCCCCGUUGUGUUCCUGCUCCCAGGGCAGCUCGGGCCCAGCAUUCCCCUGCACCUGUUUCAGUGCUUCAGGUGAGGGAGGCUGAGGUCCAGCUGGUCCCUGCUCCAGUGUCCAGGCCAGCUGAGGCUCUGCCU